AAUGUGAUUGGAUAAAUUAAGAUCGCGCAUGCGGGUGGAGGACAAAAUGGUGGUGAUAAGCAAACCUAUUUUGUUAGAUUACACUUGUUACGAAUUAGGGCAUACAUGGACCCCGUCAUGCAAAAAGGCAUCCUUUGACGUUUUCCUUUUGGUUUUCAAAGAAGCUUUGAAAAUCUAUGGAUCGGUUUAUUUUAUUGCAGGCUUGGUGCGACGCCGUGGCAAAGCUUAUUUUAGGAAGAAAUUCUGGCUAGAAUUGUUACAGUCUUCAUUUUUCUUGACAACCAAUGGCACAUUGUUCAUAACAUGCUUCUGUUUAUGGAGGAGAAUGGAAGGAAGUUUUAAGCAUGUGAGCACCAUUAGUUUCUUCCCCUGUAUUGUUGCAUCAGUUAUUGCCAUUCUGCAGGAGAGGAAGUCCAGACGUGGUUUACUAGCAGUGUAUAUGGCAAAUGUUGCUGUUGAGACAAUAUGGCGGAUGUUGAAAGCUCGAGGUUGGGUAAAAUCAUUACCGCAUGGAGAGGUUUUGGUGUUUAGUCUGGCAGCUGCAGGUUACCUCUAUUAUUUCAAAAAAGCUGGUGGGCUACCAGAUGGGACAUUGUCAAUAUUAAAAAAAAUAUUUGGCUCUGCUGAAAUGUCAGGAGUAGAAGAAGUUGUUCCAAAUGAUAUGGAUGGUGAGGUUAUAGAUAUUAACAGAAAUGGUCCACAUCAUAACCAUACCUCUACGACAGCCAAUCAGAAAAGAUCUUAUGGACCGGUUGUUCGAUGGUUGAGGCAAUGUCCCAAACAUUAUCUAUGCAAGCAUGGACACGGUUGUGUGUAUUAUGUUUUAGAAGGUAGUGUAAAGAUGUUUGGUAUAGGAUAUGCGUUACAAGGAGCAGUCAAACUAGUUAGUUCAAUAAGUCGUGUGUUCAAACAACCCAAGUCUGUGAUAAAAUCCCUAGUCCAUAUAAACAACUUCCAACUUGGUGCCUUCUUAGCAAGUUUUGUAGGAAUCUAUAGAGUAUUGAAUUGUUUGUUACGAUGGUUACGGGAGAAGGAUGAGGCAUUACAUGGACUUGUAGCCGGAUUUGUGGCUGGUUGGUCAAUGUUGUUUUAUAAAAGUCAAACUGUAGCCUUAUAUACAGCUCUUAAACUAUCAGAGAUGUUGUAUUUUAAAGGCAUAGCUAGCGGGUCAGUGCCAUAUAUCAAAUGUGCUGAUAUAAUCAUAUACAGUAUUUCAACUGCUAUUGUCUUCCAUGCUGCUGUUAUAGAACCACAUAACCUUAGACCAGCAUACUGGAACUUUCUACUCAGGGUAACUGGGAACAAAUUUGCAGGAAUGAACAGAAAAUUGCUGGAUCCCUGGGUACCAAAUUGUUCAAAACUAUUCCCGGACUUCUGGCCGGAUUAUGACUAUAGAUUUACAAAUCUGAGAAAACCAUAGACCUUGUGAUACAGUAGCGGACUUUUUCCUGUGUUUAUUUAUAUCAGCAGUUUCACUGUAAACAGAUGUCCUGAAAAUAAUUUGGAAAUACAGUACAACCUGUGUAGAGCAACACCCUUUGGGUAACAAUGAUUUUGGUUGUUGCAGAGAGGUUGUUGCUUUACUGAGGUUAAAUUUAAUUUGAUGUAGAAUUGAUUACUGAUGUUGUAAAGAGGCUUUGCUCUAUACAGGGCUGGUUUGUAGAGGUUACACUGUAACAAUAAUGGGAUUAUGCAAUUGUGAUAAUAACGUUAAAUUUUUACAAUUUUUAUACAUGUUGUAUCACAUACAUACCUGUUAUAAACAAGCUUAAGCCGUAAAUGUAAUGACCGGCUCAUGCUGGAAAUAUUCUGUAGCUACCAUCAGAAGAAGGGUUAAUGAUAAAGAAUAAACCAUUUUCUUGACUGUUUAGACAAGUUACCAUGGAAAACUUCAUCUUUUGUAUUUCACUUCCUGCCUCAUGUAUUUGUUACUGUAAUUUUCCUUAUAGACAAUCUUAUGUGUUCAUGUUAGGACAUGCAACCUGUUACAGAACUUUUUAACUUCCAAUUUCAAAUCAUUGCCAAAUUAAUAAGAAAUUCUGUAAGUUUUUAAUCUGUCAAUCAGCAACAUGCCAAAUGAUUUAUAUUCAUUUAUUGAUAUCCAAACUGGUUUAAAGUAAUAAAGAACAGGGUAUUAUAAAUUUUGUACACAAGUAUGAAAUGAGACCACUCAUUGAUAACAUGUUUGCCAAAAUAUUUAGUGACAUGUACAAAUGAAAAAUACCAUACAAAUACACAUAUCUUAUGAAAUGUAUUGUUUUGUUUCAUUUGUUCUCUUUUAUUUUAAUUUGAUUAAUAAUUAAAUAUUAAAUUUAUUUAUGUUACAAAUAAAACAUGAUUUAUAUUGGCAAUUUGAAAAUUGUUGACUGACUGAUCAGUAUAAUUUAUAACAUUUUUUUUUUGUUUUUGUUUUUAUUUGAUAUAAUACAUGUAUAGCUAUUACUUAAACUAGGAAUCAAACAUUAUUUAAAUUAAUUUUUAUGUUAAAUUUAGUUGUAUUGAAGCAGAAUGUAUGUUUUUCUGAAUUAGCUGACAUUAUUUUAACCUUUACUUUGUUAACUUCUGUCAUAGAUCUACUUUUGAAUACCGUAUAGUUUAUUCAUAGAAGUUUCAGGGAUUUUGAAAUCAAAAUGUUAAAAUGAGGCUGCAAUUAGUGUAGAGUCUGGUCAGAGAGCACAACAUUUUUAAUGUGUAAUUUUAGUCAGUUUCACUGCUGGUAUUUAACCUGCUGGAUUUGUGUAUGGAAUUGCUUUUCUAUGAAUUCGGAACAAUCCAUCUGAAGUUAAAGAAAUUUCAAUUUCAAAAUACAAUAAUUGAGCUAUUAACUGUAUAGAACAUGGUCGUACUGCAUGAAGGUACAGCCUGGCCUGCUGUAUACGGACAGCAAAAGGUGAUCACACUCAGUUCCUGCAGGUGAGGACAUUGUGCAUAAAGUAAACAAACUUUGAUGAUAUUAUUAUUGUGAGCAUAAAAGCUUCACUGCUUUUAUCUCUGAAAUUUCAAAAGCAAAGUUUGGUUCAUUUUUUGGGAACAAUCUGAUUGCUUGGAUGGGGAAAAUGACAUUUGAAAAUCUAAUCCAUCAAGUCACUAGUGAUACUAAAUCAGGCUUAAUUUUAUGUCGAUGUAAGAUAAAACUAAUUUUAAGCAUCAUUUAAUAGAACUUAAAUAAUAGAACUUAAAUAGAAUUUUAUAGAACUUAAAUUGAUUGAAUACUUGUAGACAUGAUAACAAUAGAAAAACAUGUAAUCUGAGACUUAGUUAAUUGAACAUUACUUUUUAUUAAUUUUGCUCAUUUGUAUUUUUCCUAAAGAAAAAGGAAAUAGUUAUGACUUAUGUUUUAUAAUUAUGUUUUGCAUACAUGCUGAUAUAUAUUUAUAUGAUUGAAUUUUGAUAUAAAUACUCUAUGAAUUUUA